GUUACAGUCAAUUUACUUCGCCCCCGUCAGUCUCACCUCGGCUGCUUGUCAUGGACUGGAGGAUAAGCGGGAGCCGCAGGCCUUGAUGGCGGAAAGAAGAUUGGAAGGAAUCCUUGAGCGACAAAUCCUCCUGAUGAUCCAACGCGGAUCCGUUACUAAUGCAAUGAUGCUUCUGAGCUGCUAAGCUUUGUUCUGCGCGGCGUUUGAAUGUUCCAUGCACAACACCGUGCUCCGGCUCUGCAGCAUUGAAAGCAAAGAGCAUCUCUCAUCGGCAGGGGAAGCGCUGGAUAGCACAGAGUGCUCUAGCGACAGACGUCCAUCAUGUCACAGCUCCUCCACCUCGGCAUCUUCACGGGCGGUCUCGUGCUAGGUGUUGCUGCAGGGAGCGCAGUUGUUUCCAGGUCCGGCAUAUCUCAAUCUAACAAAUCGCAAGCCCACGCCCAAGCUACACCUGGGCAACCCGUGGUGGCUUCCGGGGGGUCUGCUUCUUCCCCGUCGCCGAGCGUUGUAGUCGACAGCGGAAGUAGCACGGGCGUGCUCCCGUACUUUAGCCGUGAUAUCCUCAAGCACAGCCAAGUUGUUCCCGGGCCGAUCGCUGAUCUGCUCGAGCACCAAGCGUACAUUAGCGCAUAUGAUCGCAGACUGCGACACCCAUCGUGGACGGCCGAGCACUUGACGGCUGCUUCCCUCCUGGCCGCACCUGGACCACCUACCCCUGCGCAGAUAGGCUCCGCCUCGUCCCAACAAACCUCACAGCCAGCUGCCCCCGGCAACCGCAAGUUUUCGGUAUUCAAGGAGGAUGAGCGCAUCCCAGAGCUCUUCAGAGCCAAGCUCGCGGAUUAUUUCAGGAGCGGGUACGACCGAGGUCACAUGGUACCCGCUUCCGAUGCCAAGAGAAACCAGGUCGCAAUGGACGAGACCUUCCUCUUGACAAAUAUCGCGCCGCAGGUUGGUAAAGGUUUCAAUCGAGACUAUUGGGCGGGAGCGGAAGAAUUUGUCCGCAGUUUAACGAAGAAGUUCUCCGAUAUCUACGUCUUCACUAUACCUUUGUACCUCCCGCAGCCAGAUCCGACGAGGCCGGGGAAAUGGCGGGUCACGUACGAGGUCAUCGGAAAUCCGCCAAACGUUGCAGUGCCGACGCAUUUCGCAAAGGUCGUCCUCGCUGUCAGUGGCCCGCAGAGUCUUCCAUCGCCAAGCACCACGGCACCAGCGCCUGUGCCGGUCAGCGGCAGGAAUAACGCGGCAGGAACCUCCUUCCUCGGCCUGCAACGCACAAACAGCUUCUCGCUCGCAGCAUUCGUCAUUCCGAACGCUGCGGUACCCAACCAUGUGCCUUUGACUAGCUUCAUCGUCCCUGUCGACUCCGUCGAGCGUUCCGCCGGCCUUAACCUGUUCCCGCCGGCGAUUAAGUCCAGCGCGAAAGCGUUGUGUGAUGUCGUCAAGUGUGAUAUUAUCGUCCGUGACUUCUCGGAUAGAAACGAGCAGAUCGCCAGUGGCUCCUUUCCGAACCAAAAAUACCCCCCGGGUAGCAGUAGCGCACCGCAACCCCUUCCAGCACGAACGUGAUUGAGUUCAUGUCACCGUAUGUCCACGGUAUCACAGCGCAUUUCAGCCCGCCACAAGCUGCGAGGGUUAGUGAUAGCGCCGAAUGUACAUUACAUUGCACCUGCUGACGCUCAGAAAGACUGGUCUCUCUUGCCCAUGUCCCAUUCACGUGUCUUGGGAUAUCGCAUUUCUAUGAGCUCUGUGCUAGAAGUAGGCUUGCGGCUGUCGCUAGCCUCUUCUCUGACACUUUGCAGCUUCGACCGAUGCGGAGACGGAGAAGGCGAUCGAGAGGGGAGAAUAUCACUGUGAUCGUGCCCGUGGGUUCGAUCUCCUCGUUCGCUGUCUCUGCUUCGUUUUUUACUCUCCUUGUGCCUGUCCCUGCCUGAACUUCCCUUGCGUUGACUCGUUGCACCAUCGUCCUCGCUGCUGCUGGAGGCGCGAGACCGGCGCUCCCUCCUCCUACGUCUCUCCUCGCGUCUCGC